AAACCCUCAUCCUCCAUUUUUUUUUUUUAAAAAAAGUUCAUUUAUUUCUUGUUGAAAAUUGAUGAUUGAUUUCAGUUGCCAGUUGGGUAUUUUUGUUUGUCAUGAACUUGAAGUGGGUCUUAUCUGAAAUUUUCAUAUGGGUAAUGGGUUUGUUUAAGACUUUAGUAUUAAAGAAAAUAUGAUUAAGCUCUUCUUCUUUUAACUACUUUAGUACUGUCAGAUAAGAGAGAAAUUGUACUGCUGAAGAAAGUAAAGUUUUUUAGGGGAUAAGACAACUUCCUUUUCUUCUUUCUCAUUGAUGGGUUUAUUAAAUAUUGUAUAAAUGCAAUUGGGUUUUUUUUUUUUUUGGGUUGAUUUGAGUAAUUUUAUGGUUUUAACAUCACUAUGUUGUUAAGUAACAUGUAUGUUCUUCAUGUGUUUGAUUUAAUGCUUCAGGAAGCAGUACAUUAGACAAGAACAGAUCUUAGGUUUCUGGGUCAUUGUAAAGUCAUCAAUUUGGUGAAAAGUGUGGUUGUUUUGAAGAAAAUUACACAAUUCUUGCAGUGAAGUUUUGGUCAAAAUGUCUAUAAAUGGAAACCACUCUACUUCAAAUGGCAAAUUUAAGAUGAAGAAAGUAAAAGAUUCAAUGCAUGGAUCUGGUGGUGUGUUAAAGUGGAAAGGGAAGUUUACAAUGUUGCUUCAUGUGGUUUUUGUUGUUGGGAUAAGUUGGUUCUUCUAUGGUUUGACUAGUUGGCUCACAAGUUCACAAAACAAGAUUUUGCUCUGUGGUGAUUUCAAGAAUCUAUUGUUUAGGGAUUUUUUCGAUUCGAGCUCUCACCAGCUUCAUGGUUUUUCUGAUCAGGGGAUUUCUGCAAAAUCAAAUAUAGCUUAUGACGCAACAGAAGAUGGCUGUAGGUCUUAUUGUUUUUGGUCAACAAGGACCUGUUGGUGGGUGCUUAUAGGUAUGAUGGUAAUGAGUUUGAGGAUCUCAUAUUUUCGCUUUAAGACAUGGAGUAAACAGCAGUUCUCCUUACCCCAGCCUCAGCAACUGCAACAGCAGCAGCUUAUGCAGCAUAAGCUUCCUUUGCAAAUCCAGAGUCCAGCUAAAACUGCUACGAAGUGGCAAAAGAAGCUCCUAUUACUGUUUGUUCUUGCUAUGGUUGUUGUAUCAAUUUGGAUAUUCUAUCAUUUUUACCAAGACACUGUUUUCAGAAGAAAAGAAACGCUAUCCAAUAUGUGUGAUGAGCGAGCCAGAAUGCUGCAGGAUCAGUUCAAUGUGGGCCUGAAUCAUGUCCAUGCGUUAGCCAUUUUGGUUUCUACUUUUCACCAUGGAAAAAGUCCUUCUGCUAUGGAUCAGAAAACAUUUGAAGAAUAUACUGAGAGAACUGCUUUUGAGAGGCCACUCACCAGUGGUGUUGCCUAUGCAUUGAAAGUUACUCACUCUGAGAGGGAGUCAUUUGAAAAGAGACAGGGAUGGACUAUAAAGAAAAUGGAGCAUGGGGAUCAGACUCUCGUACAAGACUUUGAUCCUACAAAGAUGGAUCCUGCACCCAUUCAAGAUGAAUAUGCACCAGUUAUAUUUUGUCAAAGGACAGUAGCUCAUAUUGUCUCUAUAGACAUGAUGUCAGGAAAGGAAGAUCGUGACAAUAUUCUGCGAGCCAGGGCAACUGGAAAGGGUGUCUUGACUUCUCCAUUCAAGCUACUCAAAUCUAAUCACCUGGGAGUGGUACUUACUUUUGCUGUCUAUGACCGAGAGCUUCCACUAGAUGCCACUGCAAAGCAGCGCAUAGCAGCAACUGUGGGGUAUCUUGGUGCAUCUUAUGACCUCCGGUCACUAGUGGAAAAGAUUCUGCAACAACUUGCCAGCAAACAAACAAUUGUUGUGAAUGUCUAUGACACAACAAAUUCAACGGCACCAAUAAACAUGUAUGGAACUGAUGUUAUAGACACAGGUUUUUUGCACGUCAGCAGUCUUGAUUUUGGGGAUCCUACCCGGAAGCACGAGAUGCAUUGCAGGUUCAAAAUCCGGCCACCUCCUCCUUGGACGGCAAUAUUGUCUGCAGGUGGAGUCCUGACAAUUUCCUUGCUCUUAAGUCAUAUUCUUCAUGCAGCUAUCAAUAGAAUUGUUAAAGUAGAGGAAGACUGCCAAAAAAUGACGGUGCUAAAAGCUCGUGCCGAAGCUGCUGAUGUUGCAAAAUCUCAGUUCCUUGCUACUGUGUCCCAUGAAAUAAGAACUCCCAUGAAUGGUGUUCUAGGUAUGCUGCAAAUGCUGAUGGAUACUGAUCUGGAUGCUGAUCAGCUUGAUUAUGCCCGUACAGCUCAUAGAAGCGGGAACGAACUCAUCUCCAUCAUUAAUGAGGUUCUUGAUCAGGCCAAAAUAGAAUCAGGCAGGCUAGAGCUUGAAGCAGUACCAUUUGAUUUGCGUGUUAUUCUAGACAAUGUUGUUUCACUGUUCUCGGAUAAGUCUCAUGAAAAAGAAAUUGAAUUGGCUGUAUAUGUAUCCAACAAGGUGCCUGAAGUCGUGGUUGGAGACCCUGGGCGAUUCCGGCAGAUAAUUACCAAUCUUGUUGGUAAUUCUGUGAAGUUUACAAAUGAUAAGGGGCAUAUUUUUGUUUCUGUUCAUUUGGCUGAUGAAAUGAGGGCGCCACCUGAUAUGAUGGAUGAAGUGCUGAGGCAAGGACUAAAUCCAUUGAAAGAUGGAUCUGAACGGAAUACUCUGAGUGGUUAUCCUAUUGUUGACAGAUGGAGAAGUUGGGCAAACUUUAAACAGUUAGGUGGUAAAGAAAGUCUUGAGAAUCCUGAGUUGAUCAAAUUAAUAGUGACAGUAGAGGAUACAGGAGAAGGAAUUCCUCAUGAUGCACAGAGCCGCAUAUUCACACCAUUCAUGCAGGCUGACAGUUCCACUUCGCGACACUAUGGAGGGACUGGGAUAGGAUUGAGUAUAAGCAAAUGCUUAGUAGACCUUAUGGGAGGAGAAAUUGGAUUUGUAAGCGAGCGUGGUGUUGGAAGUACCUUUUCCUUUACUGCUCCUCUCAUGAGAGGAGAAUUAGACUCGUUAGACGCAAAAUGGCGCACACAUGAAUCAUCUUUUUCGGAGUUGAAGGGAUUGAGAGCUUUGGUUAUUGAUAAAAGAAGCAUACGAGCUGAGGUCACACGAUAUCAUCUUCAGAGACUGGGGAUAUCUGUUGACACAGUUUUCAGCCUUCAGUCUUCCUUCUCAUUUGUUUCUAACGUUCCAAAUACGAGUGCUUCAGCACCACUAUCCAUGCUUCUCAUUCACAGGGAGGUAUGGGAAAAGGAGUCUGUUAUUGAGCUUCAUCGCCUGCUUAAAGAUGCAAUGUCGAAAAAUUCUACAGAUAGAGUGCCCAAGUUAUUUUUGUUGGCCAAUUCAAUGAAUACUUCUGAGCGGAGUGAGCUUAAAUCAUCUCAUUUGGUUGAUGGUAUAGUCGCAAAGCCUUUAAGGUUGAGUGUCUUAAGUGAAUGCUUCCAUGAAGCCUUUGCAAAUGGGAGGAAAAGGCAGUUGUAUAAAGCGAAACAACCUGCCAGUUUUGGAUGUUUACUUAAAGGAAAACAAAUUUUGGUGGUUGAUGAUAAUGCUGUUAAUCGUAAAGUGGCAGAAGGAGCUCUAAAAAAAUACGGAGCUAUUGUUACCUGUGUAGACAGUGGGAAGGCUGCUGUAAAUAAGCUGAAGGCACCCCAUAACUUUGAUGCUUGCUUCAUGGAUUUGCAAAUGCCAGAGAUGGAUGGGUUUGAAGCUACAAGGCAAAUUCGUCAGAAGGAAAAUGAGUUCAAUGAGAAACUUGAUUCUGGGGAAGUUUCACUGGAGUCAUUUCCUAAUAUGACUUGUUGGCACACUCCAAUAUUGGCAAUGACAGCGGAUGUAAUUCAAGCCACCGAUGAAGAGUGCCGCAAGUGUGGCAUGGAUGGUUAUGUGUCCAAGCCAUUCGCAGAAGAGCAGCUUUAUUCAGCAGUGGCUUGCCACUUUGAGUCCAGAUGACAGUGUGCUAAUAACUCCUUCGAACAGUUAAAUCAUUUUGAUGCAGCUGAAUGUAAUCCUCACCCACGCAACACCCCACAGGGUUUUGAUCAUUUAAUCUUCCAGUGCAGAAGGUAUUCAGGCUCAUAGAAUGAUGGAAUUCAUAACUCUGGUAUAGAUUCACACUGCUGAUGGAACUAAAUUAACUGGCUAAAGACUCCUGAACACAUCGUGGCAGGUUGAUCACAACAGGGAACUUGUGAGAUGAUUCUGUAUAUAUAUCUGAUUUGUCGUAGCUGGCUAGGUGCUUCAUUCAAUCAUGUCUCUUAUGUACAUUCAAAACAAAAAAUGCUGGACACAUUUGUUGAAAUCUUUAGUAUUGUACUUUCGAAAUUGCAUGUAUAGCUAUUGAGUUGGACAACGGUGGGUUAGAUUAGACAGAGUUGUUAAGUAGGAAGUCUAUAACAUAGGAGCAUUUGAUGCUAAUGGUCACUUGAUUACGUUUCGAGACUGCUUAAGAUGCAUUUGAUGUAAACAAAAUGGAAAUGUUAAUCCAAUGUAAGUAAUAUUUCUUUGUU